GUACUUGAUAUUGAUAACAUUAGUUAGCUACAUUCGGUGACUUACCUUGUAUUGUGGUGGAAUCACUUUUUCUCUCUCUACACAAGUCCAAGAGAGAGAAAAAAGCCACAAAAAAUAUUGAAAGUGUCUCCAUAGUCUACUUUUUUUCUCACCUUCCAAGUUCAUCUUUGUUUACUUACUAAGCAAAGCAAAAAACCACAUCGAAGAAAACCCAGAUCGGCGAUCUAUUGAAAAAGGAAGAAAUCGGUAUAAAAUGGGUCCGCAGAAAGCUUUGAUCUAUGCUUUUGUGGGUCGUGGGAAUGUAAUAUUGGCUGAAUAUACAGAUUUCAGUGGUAACUUCAACUCUAUCGCUUAUCAGUGUCUGCAGAAGCUCCCUGCUUCCAAUAACAAGUUCACUUAUAACUGUGAUGGUCACACCUUCAACUACCUUGUUGAUAAUGGAUUCACAUACUGUGUGGUUGCGGAGGAGUCAGUUGGAAGACAAGUUCCAAUAGCCUUUUUGGAGCGUGUUAAGGAUGAUUUUGUGUCAAAAUAUGGGGGUGGGAAAGCUGCGACAGCUCCUCCAAAUAGCCUGAACAAGGAAUACGGCCCUAAGUUGAAGGAGCAUAUGCAGUAUUGUGCUGAACAUCCUGAGGAAAUUAGCAAACUUGCCAAGGUGAAAGCCCAGGUUUCAGAAGUUAAGGGUGUUAUGAUGGAAAACAUUGAAAAGGUUCUUGACCGUGGAGAAAAGAUAGAGCUUCUUGUUGAUAAGACAGAGAACCUUCAUCACCAGGCACAGGACUUCAGGAACACGGGAACACAAAUACGGAGGAAAAUGUGGCUGCAAAACAUGAAGAUCAAGCUGAUAGUGUUAGGUAUCCUGAUAGCUUUGAUCCUCAUCAUUGUUCUCUCAGUGUGCAAGGGAUUCAGUUGUGGAAAGUGAACCUACUCAGUUUCUGUUGUGAUGCUACAGUUGUACGAAAAGCUUUGUCCUAUAUCAGCAUUUACAUUUCUGUGAGAAUAGAGACAGUGUAUGUUCUGUAUGUAUUAGCCUACCUACUUUUUCUGUUUGUUGGAGCAGAAAGGAUCCGUUUUUUCUUUUCUUUAUGUUUGGGUCUAAACGUAGUAGAUAUAUGAUGCUGCCAAUUUGAAGGUCAUUUUGUGCUGUCAAUGAUUUGUUCCUUUUUAGAAGAAAAAGGCCUGCAAUGCUCGAAAUUCUUAUUUAUGAAAUUCAAUUCUCAUCCA